AUGGCAACUUUUGUCAUUCAGUCACUGGGAUGUGAUGUUGCUGCUAUAAAUACGGUACAGUUCAGCAACCACACCGGCUACCGCCAGUUCAAAGGCCGACGGACACCUGCGGAAGAAAUCACAGAACUCUACGAUGGCCUGCGCCAAUCCUACCUGACCGACUUCGGUAUGAUGUUGUCCGGCUAUGCUCCCAGCGCCGCAGUCGUCCAUGCGAUUGGCCUGAUUGCGCGCGAUCUGCGGUAUCGCUCGACUGUCAAGCCAGGCAAUUUCUUCUGGGUCUUGGAUCCCGUUAUGGGCGACCAGGGCAGGUUGUAUGUCGCGGAAGACAUCGUGCCCGCGUUCAAGCAGUUAAUCCGGGAGGCCGAUCUGAUAUUGCCAAAUCAAUUCGAAGCCGAGCUGCUCAGCGGAGUGAGUAUUUCGACCCUCACAGGCGUGGCAAACGCCGUGCGCACACUGCACAAGACUUACGGGACAAAUCAUGUGGUUGUGACCAGUGUUACGGUUGGGGAUGCUGCGGUGGCAGACGAGGACGCGAAGACCCAAAAGCAGGGUGUUCUGACAGUCGUGGGGAGCAGUAAGCGCCGCGACGGCAGCGCGCGACUCUUCAAGGUCGAGGUACCAAAGCUGGAUGUCUUCUUCAGCGGAACUGGGGAUAUGUUUGCGGCGUUGAUGGUUGGGAGGCUGCGCGAGGCGUGCGCGCAGAUGGAUCUGCUCGAUCGGGCAGGGUGGAUGCCCGAUGACGACGUCGAGGCGGUGGACUUACCACUAGCCAGAGCUACGGAGAAGGUGCUGAGCAGUAUGCAGAUGGUGCUGGAAAAAACCAUCACCGCAAGGGAUGAGGAGAUGAGCAAGUUCGGGCUAAGUCCUGGGGCGAGCGUGGGCGGCGUGGAAGGUCUUGGGGCUACAGACAGUGAUAGCGAGGACAAGAGGACGUAUUUGGCGCAAACCAAGGCUGCGGAGGUCAGGGUGGUGAGGAACGCAAAAGAUCUGGUCUACCCUGAGGAGAGGUACAAAGCUGUGGCGAUGGAGGUAUAA